AUGCUCCCUACACCAGAUACGUCGCAUGUGGAUUAUGAGCGGAUCUACGAGCCAGCAGAGGACUCGUUCCUGCUCCUAGACACACUGUCCUCUGCCUCGGAGACUGAAUUUCUUCAGUCCCGGUUCGGAGACAAUGUAUCAUCACCACUGCCGCCUCUGGUGGUGGAAAUAGGACCGGGCUCGGGCGUGGUGAUCGGCUUCGUCAACGCGCACGCGCAGACCAUCUUCGGCACCCGACACGUCCUGACGGCCGCCGUGGACGUGAACCGCCAUGCCUGCGUCGCUACACGCAAGACGGCGCUCAAGGCGGGCACGGAUAACGAGGGAACGCAUGGCGUGUUCCUCGACGCGGUGCAGGGUGAUCUUGUGGCGCCGCUGAGGAACGGCUGUGUCGACGUGCUGAUAUUCAACCCGCCGUAUGUGCCAACGGCGGAGCUGCCGAGACAGCCCACGCCGGCAGAUAUCAACGUGGACACGGAGCCGACUUUUGACCAUGACUCAUACCUGCUGUCGCUUUCUUACGCGGGGGGCAGGGACGGGAUGGAAACGACGGAUCGUCUGAUCGAUAGCCUGCAAGAGGUCCUGUCGUGGAGGGGUUGUGCGUACAUCCUGCUUUGCGCACAGAACAGGCCAGAGGAGGUCAAGCAGCGGAUCAGGGGCUUUGGAAAUGAAUGGAGUGUCGAGAUGGUCGGAUCCAGCGGGAAGACGGCGGGCUGGGAGAAAUUGCAGAUUAUUAGGAUCUGGAGAGACUAG